GGAUCUGUGGGGGAUGGGCCUUGCUUGGCAAUGACCCUUUGACCCCCAGACUCAAGUUGAAAUCCGUUUAUUCCCCGUGGGCCUGUGUCGCAAGGGCUAAGUCCAGGCCCCUUUCUUCACCCCCUUAUUUCAAGCCGCACCCCAACAUCUCUGCUUAUUUUUGCCCCAAGUUUCUCAUCACCCAACAGGCUCUGUGUGUGUGUGUGUGUGUGUGUGUGUGUGUGUGUGUGUGUGUUUAAAGACUUGAGCAUUCCCUCUCUGUCUCCCUAAUUACAAUGCCAGACACUUUUGUCAUUGGCUGGACAGACCAGAACCCUGCCUGGUAAACUGUAGGCGCCCUAUAAUGCACACGGAGGGAAGGCACAGCCCCCUCCCCAACUCUACACAUUGAGCCUCUGGAUCCCUAUGGGUGAGAGACAAGUUUCCCAAGGCUCUGUUCUGUCCCUGGCCGCGGCCCCCUAGGAAGUGACUCCCUGCCUGGCUCCCUGCCUCAGUUUCCUCAUCUGUGGGAGGAUUGGGAAGAGGGGUAGAGGAUGAUUAGAGCAAGCUCAGUUAGAGAGAGCCCGGGGAAGAGGCCUGGCCCCGGCCCCCCUGGUUCCUAAUUGGCUGGAAACAGGGAGUGGGGGGCAGCUCAGGAGGAGGAAGGAGGCUGCAGCUGCCUGCUGGGGAGACCCUGGGCUUUGGGGGUGCCUGCUCCAUGCCCUGCCCUCCCCCUGGCCUCCAGCCUUUUGCCGCCAACCUGUUGGUCCGGGUUCUGGGCAGGUUGGAGGUGGGCGGGAGCCCCGAACCUCCCCGCCUCCAGCCUCCACCCGUCCCCACCCUGUUCCCAGCACGCCCUGGUCUCCCUCACACGGGCCUGGCCCAGCCUCCCUCCAGACUGGAGAGGGACUGGAGAGUCUCUGAGGGUGGUCCUCGAGAACAAAGCAGGCAGAGGGGCCGGGGCAGGGUGUGUGUGUGUUGGGGGGGCCCAGCCCUGGCCAUCAGGGGGGGCCCAGGGGGGCCAUGCCUCCUGGCGCCCUGUGAGGCCAGCACCAUGGCCCGCUCGCUGGGCUCGCUCACCGGCGCCUGCUGCCCGUGGUGUCUCUCCGAGGACGAGCGCACGGCUGCCAGGAUCGACCAGGAGAUCAACAAGAUCCUUCUGGAACAGAAGAGGCAGGAUCGUGGGGAGCUGAAGCUCCUGCUUCUGGGGCCCGGGGAGAGCGGGAAGAGCACGUUCAUCAAGCAGAUGCGAAUCAUCCAUGGGGCGGGCUACUCGGAGGAGGACCGCAAGGCCUUCCGGUCGCUUGUCUACCAGAACAUCUUCAUGUCCAUGCAGGCCAUGAUUGAUGCCAUGGACCGGCUGCAGAUCAGCUUCAGCAAGCCCGAGAGCAAGCACCACGCCAGCCUGGUCAUGAGCCAGGACCCUUACAAGGUGACCACGUUCGAGAAGCGCUUUGCCCUGGCCAUGCAGAGCCUGUGGCUGGACGCGGGCAUCCGGGCCUGCUAUGAGCGCAGGCGGGAAUUCCACCUGCUGGACUCCGCGGUGUAUUACCUGUCGCACCUGGAGCGGAUCACCGAGGAGGGCUACGUGCCCACCGCGCAGGACGUGCUGAGGAGCCGCAUGCCCACCACCGGCAUCAAGGAGUACUGCUUCUCCGUGCAGAAAACCAACCUGCGGAUCGUGGAUGUCGGGGGCCAGAAAUCAGAGCGCAAAAAGUGGAUCCACUGCUUUGAGAACGUGAUUGCGCUCAUCUACCUUGCCUCGCUCAGUGAAUACGACCAGAGCUUGGAGGAGAACAACCAGGAGAACCGCAUGAAGGAGAGCCUGGCACUGUUCCGCACCAUCCUUGAGCUCCCUUGGUUCCGGAGCACCUCCAUCAUUCUCUUCCUCAACAAAACUGACAUCCUGGAGGAGAAAAUCCCCACCUCCCACCUGGCCACCUACUUCCCCAGCUUCCAGGGCCCCAAGCAGGACGCGGAGGCGGCCAAGCGGUUCAUCCUGGACCUGUACACGCGGAUGUACACGGGCUGCGCCGACGGCCCCGAGGGCGCCGAGAAGGGGUCGCGCGCCCGCCGGCUCUUCAGCCACUACACCUGCGCCACGGACACGCAGAACAUCCGCAAGGUCUUCAAGGACGUGCGGGACUCGGUGCUGGCGCGCUACCUGGACGAGAUCAACCUGCUGUGACCCGGGCCGGACCCGGAGGCCGAGGCCCGGCCGCCGCGGCCAGGCGUGGGGCGCGUGG